AUGUCCCAAGCAAGUAUUACUUUCAACAACCUCUCAACAAGGCUCGGAAACAACAGGUUUACAUGGAUAACCGCGUUUGCGUUUGCGCUGUUGCUCCGACAGGCUACCAAGGGACGCAAACCAAAGCUCAUUGCAGACGCGCGCCGGGUUGCUCGUGAGGUCAAAGAGGGGGAGCUUGACUUUGACGAGUACGACGUUGUUAUCAUUGGAGGAGGUACUGCUGGAUGCGUUCUCGCUGCCCGCCUUUCGGAGGAUCCGUCUUUGCGAGUACUCUUGCUCGAGGCGGGUGGAAGUGGUGUAGCACUCCGGGAGACUCGGAUUCCAGUUGCCUACUCGCUCUUGUUCCAUACCAAGCAUGUGUACCAAUUCUUCACUGAGCCCCAGGACUUUGCCAAUGGGAAGAAGAGGUUCUGGCCGAGAGCUAAGAUGCUCGGGGGAUGUUCUUCAAUAAAUGCUCAGAUGGCACAAUGGGGUUCACCAGGGGAUUUCGAUCGCUGGGGCGACAUCAUCGGCGACGAUUCUUGGAAAUGGAGCAAUCUGAAACGAUACUUCAACAAGUUUGAGAAAUACGUUCCUCACCCUGACUUCCCUGACGUCGAUGUCAGCGUGAAAGGCCAGGAAGGCCCAAUGAAAGUUGGUUAUUUCAGCGAGGUGUCCGAAGGAUCCAAGCUCUUCAUCAAGGCAUGCCAGAAUGUCGGGAUCCCAUUCAGUCCUGACUUCAAUACCUCCAAAGGUACCCUUGGUGUGAACAAGGUAGUGGUCAACGCCACUGUCACCAAGAUCCUGACGGAGCGAGUGGGCGGAGAAAUCAGAACCGUCGGUGUUGAAUUUGCGAAGAGCAAGGAGGGGCCACGCUAUCGCGUCAGGGCUAGGAAAGAGGUCGUCCUCUCUUACAACGCAGAGCCGGUGCUGUCCACUCACCUCAGGUCGGCCUUUUCCCCGACCAUUCUUAUGCUUUCUGGAAUUGGUCCCUCUGGAGAACUCCGUAAACACCACAUCCCUUCUGUUCUCGACCUUCCAGGUGUAGGAGACAACCUCAUCGACCACCCCGUCGUCGACCUCUACUUCAAGAACAGAUACGACGACUCUCCGAAACACGUCAAGCCCAGCUCUCUCGGAGACGUCGUCAAGUUCGUGACUUCCACUCUCAAAUACUUUAUAACUCGGUCCGGAUCCAUGGCUACCAACUUUGGAGAGUCGGCCGCGUUCGUUCGAAGCGACGAUCGUGCUUUGUUCCCAGAAUCCGCGUACCCAGAAAAGCUUCAUGAUACGACCUCAUCUGCCAUCGGUCCCGACCUCGAGAUCUUCACGACGCCGAUGGCAUACAAGGUACAGAUAUAUCUGCUGGAACACGGCGACUUCACCUUCCCGAUGCACACCUUCGCGAUCCACGUUGUGCUUUUGAGACCGCGAAGCAAAGGUACUCUUCGUCUCAAGUCUGCUAGCCCUUGGGAUGCGCCGGCUAUGAAUCCGACCUACCUCGAACGGCCGGAAGACGUCCACAAACUCGUCCGGGGCGUCCGUCUCAUUACCAAGAUCGCGCGUCAAGAGCCCCUCGUCCAACGCCUCGACCACUCGGAUAAAGACCCCCUCCUCGACUCUGACACCUACCUCAAGAGCGACAAAGAACUCGAAGAACUCGUCCGCGAACGUCUCGAGACUUUGUACCACCCCACUUCGACUUGUAGGAUGGCUCCGCUGGAAGACGGCGGUGUUGUGGAUUCUCGUCUGCGUGUGUAUGGUGUCAAGGGUCUCCGCGUUUGUGACGCAUCGAUCUUCCCCGAGAUCGUGUCUGGACAUACCGCUGCUGCAGUUCUUGCCACCGCUGAACAUCUCGCCGACAUCAUCAAGGCUGACUUGAAAGAGGGCCAUUGA